CUUUGGGCUGCAAAGCUUACACUUGACUCUCUGCUCUGAAUGAUCUUCUCAGCACCUGAGGUCUGGAACUGGAUGAAGGGAAGCGGCCCCUGGCCUCCACAGCUGACCACAUGAGGGUGGUAUCUAGCCUCUUACUUUCUGUGCUUCUCGCAGAGGUGUGGCUGGUGACCAGUUUUAACAUCAGCUCCCAUUCCCCGGAGGCUCAAGGAGAGUUGGGGUCUCAGGAUCACCAGAAUCAUACUUGGGAGGAGGACACAUGGACUGUCCCCAGUGAUGAGGAGGAGGAAAACUGGCUGAGGGUCAGCCAGCAGCAGCUCUCCAAUGACACUUCAAACUUUGGGUUCAGCCUGCUUCGAAAGAUUUCCUUGAGGGAUGACAGCAAUGUGAUCUUCUCACCAUUUGGCCUGUCUGUGGUCAUGGUAAACUUGAUGCUGGGGGCCAAGGGAGAGACCAAGGUCCAGGUGGAAAAUGGACUCAACCUACAAGCCCUGAGUCAGGCAGGACCCUUGAUCCUCCCCUGCCUCUUCAAGAGGCUCAGACAGAACUUCUCCAGCAAGCAAGAGCUGGGCCUUACCCAGGGUAGCAUUGCCUUUAUUCACAAGGACUUUGAUAUUAAAGAGACCUACCUCAAUCUAUCCAAGAAGUAUUUUGAUACAGAGUGUGUGCAUACAAAUUUUCGAAAUUCCUCUCAAGCCAGAGAGCUCAUGAACUACUACAUUAACAAAGAGACUCGGGGGAAAAUUCCCAAGCUCUUUGAUGAGAUUAAUCCUGAAGCAAAGUUGAUUCUGGUGGACUACAUCUUGUUCAAAGGGACAUGGCUGACUCCAUUUGACCCCACCUUCACUGAGGCUGACACUUUCCAUCUGGACAAUUACAAGGCAGUCAAGGUGCCCAUGAUGUAUCUGGAAGGUAACUUUGCCUCCACCUUUGAUAAGAAGUUUCGUUGUCACAUCCUCAAACUGCCCUACCAAGGAAAUGCCACCAUGCUAGUGGUCCUCAUGGAGAAAACAGGUGACCAUUUGGCUCUGGAGGACUACCUGACCAUAGAUCUUGUGGAGACAUGGCUCCAGAAUAUGAAAACCAGAAAAAUGGAGGUCUUCUUUCCCAAGUUCAAGCUGAACCAGAGGUAUGAGAUGCAUGAGCUACUCAAGCAGAUGGGAAUCAGAAGAAUCUUCUCCACCUCGGCUGACCUCGGCCAACUCUCAGCUGUGGCAAGAAAUCUUCAGGUGUCCAAGGUUUUACAACAGUCCGUGCUUGAGGUGGACGAAAGAGGAACUGAAGCAGUAGCGGGGACACUGUCAAAGAUUGUCGCUUACUCCAUGCCUCCUGUCAUCAAAGUGAACCGGCCUUUUCACUUCAUGAUCUAUGAGGAGAUGUCUAGGAUGCUCCUGUUCCUGGGCAGGGUGGUAAACCCAACAGUUCUAUAAGUUGAGUGUGUGUAAGGCCCCCAGCACCACAGGUGCUCAGCCAGAGGUGUCUGGACCACAGGACACUGAUGGUGGAUGGUAAAGAAUGUGUCCCCUGUGCCCAGCCAGCUUGUUAUGGCUGUUCUCUGAUUAACACAGACAUUAAAAUGACUCAGACCUUAAGGAGAUGUCUGUGCAAUCGGUCCAACAUUUUCAACUUGCUUCUGAGAGCCUUUGCUGACUGAAGAAUGUCUAAGGACUACCCGGGGAGGGUCUCUCUCUCUUUCUCUGCUGCUCACAGAGAGCAGUAGGGGGAAGCAGGUGUAGGUCAGAGCCUCUGAGGAGAUUACAAGGUCAUUCUCCUAUAGGCACGCUUCUCCUUCCUUCUCUAGUACAAAGGGUUUAAUUUUAGUUUAUCCCAGAAUUUCUCUGUCCUCUCUGCCUUUCUCUCUCUCUCCCUCCCCCCCCUCCCCUUUACUUUCUUCUUCCUUCCUCCCCACACUGGCAGGGGCCACAAUGAAGCCCUGGCUGGCCUUGAACUCACAGAAAUCCACCUGCCUCUGCUUUUUGAGUGUUAGAAUUAAAGGUGUACAAUGCCAUGCUCA